UCCAUACAUGCAUGUGUGUUCUUCAUUAGUGCUGGGGUUUCUUUUGAAUGCUCCACAUUCGAGUGUCUGGUUUUACCUGCAUGAAAAUGUGCCUGUGAGCAUCUCUGCAGCAUCGUUUGUAUGGACCAGCAUGUGUGCAGAGUGAAAGACAGUGUGAGGAUGCGUAGUGGGCAGGUGUUGUUGUGAUCAGCGGAGUUUUUGGUGUACUAUCGUCGUGUUGCUGACUCCCACCUCCUCCCUCCCAUUUGGUUAUCUUGUGAGGGUUUAAAGCAUCCUGCUGGGAUGUCCACCUCGCCUGGAGUGACAGACGGGAGCCAGAGGAACUCUUUGGAGCUAGAUGCAGAGCAUGCACAGAGAGUCCCUGGGGCAGAACCAGGAGGGAUCCCAACCCCGCAGGUCAAGCUGAAAGAGAGGCAGAAGUUUUUCGAGGAGGCCUUUCAGCAAGACAUGGAGCAGUACCUGUCUACUGGCUACCUGCAGAUCGCUGAGAGGAGAGAGCCAAUAGGAAGCAUGUCGUCCAUGGAGGUGAACGUGGACAUGCUGGAGCAGAUGGACUUGAUGGACAUGUCUGAUCAUGAAGCCUUGGAUGUGUUUCUGCACUCCGGGGGAGAGGACAACAGCGCUGCAUCACCUGUCGCAGGCCCAGACGUCGAGUCUUUCACCACAGAGAUCAGUCUCCAGGUCCCCACUCAGGCCGAGCUCCGCCACAAGCUCUCCUCCCUCUCCUCCACUUGCACUGACUCAGCCAGUCAGGACACAGAGGCCGGGGAGGAGGAUGACGAUGAGGAGGAGGAGGAGACAGAGCAGGGAGGAGGAGGAGGUGGAGGCAUCGGAGGACGGAGGAGAAGGCCCCCCGUGGUGGUGACCCUGGACGACGAGGAGGUGCACCCUGAUACGGCGCUGGUGGACAAAGCACCGGCGGAGCAGGAGGAGCAGAGCAGCAAAGACUCUGAGGAGAGCAGGCCAAAGGUUUGAGGAGGAGAGGACUGGAUUUACACACAGGCUCACACACAGAGAAACACAAACAUGCACACAGAGCUGCAGAAUCAAAAUGAUACAGAAUAAUAUUGGCUUCUUUUAAAAACAUGAAAAUAACACACUGAGGUUGCACUAACUGCCACAUGACCUUGCCUUAAAAGCCCACAGAUGUGAGUUUUCAAUUCCAAUUGAAUCCUGUGAAUUAGCUCUGAGUUCCUUUAAGCAUUUUAGCAUUGAAUCACUUAACAUACACAUAAAUAGUGUGAGAAUAAUCUGAGAAUUCUCCAAUAUUCUGUUGUAUGAAAGCAGUGGAUAAGACAGCAUAAAAAUCAUCCAUGUGUCUCCCUGCAGUUUUAUUUUUAUUCUUUAUGUUACUAUCUGAGCUUUUUCAUUCUUUUCCAAGGUUAUCACCUGCUCUGGCAUGUUUUUGUUGUUUUAUUUAUAACAGAAGGAUGCAUAAAUAUAUAAAGUUUUAUUCACUUUAGCGAGGCUGCACUUCUUACUUUGGUUUAAAUCACCCAAAUUCAGUACUUCCGUCAUAAGCUGCUCCCACUGAAUCAAGAGAAGAGACACAUUUUAAUGCUUACAGAAUUUAGAAAUCAAACUUAAAACUAAAUCAGCAACACUUUUCACUACUAAUCCAAUAUUUUUAUAUAGUGACUAACUAAAACACUUCUCUGUCACAUUAUGUAUUUCUUUAAUAUCUGACAACUGUGGCUAAUAAAGCAUACAAUCACUACAGUUUUAUUUGUAAUUGGCAUUGCUAAAUAUAUGCAGAAUAAUCUGCACAGAGCCCAGUACACAUGGCCUGCAAUGGCACACAUGGAUGAAGUUUUGAUACCUUGAUGUAAAAGCUGAACCUCCAAAGUCAGCUGCAUUUCUUUAAAUGGAUUCUGAUCAGUAUCCUCUGUUUUUUAAUAUGAACUACCUAUAAGAUUCUGUGCCAUAGGCUUUGAUAAACAUGGUUUGAGUGGCAGUCACCUGGCAGUGGGGUUUAAACCACACAGUACUGUAUAGCUGAUAGACUAGACGGAGUUCAGGUACAUGGAGAUCUUUCAGAGGCUGAUUAGUGUGAAAACACUGCAUUAUAUUCAUAUAAAUAAGCAAUAUGUGAACAGGCAUUGGAAAUGUGUCCAUUGCACCACCUUAAAAAUCAGGGGGUAAAUGCUAUUUGUGUGUCUGUACAUCUGAGUUUGUUUAUACAUGAUUUCAGUGCACUUAGAAGUUGUUUAUUGCAGCAGGAGAGCAGUCAGAGCUUCAUAGCUCCUCAAGUCGUCAUGACACUGGUGCCAAAGUCAGUUGUAGUUCAUAACUCAGCAAGUCUUUGCUUCUAUUUGUAUAAUAAACCAGAGUGCAACAGUUGCCAUCCAACUAGAGGAACUGAAUGUCUGAGAUUUAUGAAGGCAGCAGGCAAAGCUAAAGUAUCAAUGUGCAACUAUUUCACUCCUUAUGUGAGAUUCAAUGGCUUGAUGACUUUUCAAAAGAAGAACAGCAGAUUCCCCAUCUGGACACAGAACAGCUAACCCUAACACCUGUUGUGCACUAUGUAUCUUGAAGGAAUAUGAUGUCACAUUUUACUUAAAUUAACCUUUCGGUUGUUAAUUGAUGUUAAACUUGAUUUCAAACUCCCAGUUUUAAAAGGAAAGGUCUUGCAGCGUUAAUUGUUAGCAAAAGUCUGAUCAUUAAAAUACUGUGGACUGUGUGCUGCUACGCAAAGAGCAGAAGAAGCACAGAGAAAAAGUCAGUUCGUUUACAUGAUCAGACAAGUCAAGCUACAGCUAAAGCUUCAGUGGGAUGUAAAUGGACUACUGUUCUUGUCCCAGCACACAAGCACCAGAGCUAUGCCCAACUCUUGCCAGCUAUUGUACUGUAUAUUCCAAAUUAUGCCGUGUUAAUUUUGACUAAAUAUAUAACUAAAAAUGUUCAGUGGCUAUUUCCACAAGGAUGAGACUAAGACUAGCUAUAAAUAGAUCUUUGAUGAUACAAUCUCUGACGGAAAAUAUGUUUAAUUCUUUAUCAAGGAGACUAAAACAAGACUAAAAUGUUACUGCUAUACUGUUGAGCAUUUAAAAUUUAUAUUUCUCCACUGUGUCUAUAAUCAAUAAAAGACAAUCAGAGAAGCAGAGAGAGCAUUAACAUAUGCUAGUAUUUUCGUCAGUGUGUUUUAAAGUAAUUAAAGUGUUAAUCAGGCAUUAAUGUAAGUAUUUAACAUUUUUAUUAAGGGUGACACUUUUUAUUGCAUUUUAAAAUUCUACAUUUUGCAUUUGAAGUUGUUCUUGUGACAUUAUGGAUUUUUAUAGUGUCUUAACCUAACUGUAACUGACUUCCUGUUUGGAUAAAGAUCUGAGUUAAUAGGUAGAUUGAAGAUUAAGACAUGAACUAAACCAUGAAAAAAUUUUAAACGUCAAUUAGGGCUGGCCAAUUAAUGGAAAAUUAGAUUAAAUUGCAAUAUGGCCUGCUGCAAUUUUUAAAUCACAAAAGGUGCAAUAUUUCUUUGACCUGAAAUUUGUGUUAAAAUACCAGUUUUAAACUUUUUUUGUGGCAGAGAUAUUAUGCAUGAUAUAUGCAAUCAUUCAAGUGACAUUUUUUUUUUAGGAUAGUCAAUAAAAAUCCUACCUUCUUAAUUUUUGUACUUUUUUCUUAUUAAAUAUGAGAAUGACAAAACCCCUUCAAUGCAACAAUUCAUAUCCAAUUUGCAAUACGCGUCAAAGUCAUCAGAAUGUGAUAUUUUUAAAGAAUUGUUCAGCCCUAGUUUUGGAAUAAAAGAAAGCGAAGGAGUAAUCGUGUAUCAAAUCACAAUCAAGAAUUAAAACAAGAAAAGCACUCAGAGAGUGCAGACCUCCGCCAUUAGCCCUAUCUCCCAAUAGUAAAGAUUCCUUCAAAAAAUUCCUGGAUCCAGACAGUGAUCCAGAUC